CCUCCGCAGCCAUCAGCAUCGUCGCUGCCACUUCAAGAGCCGUUUGGCCCUGAAAGGCAUUUUGGCGGCUCAAGGGUCCUCAGGUCCUCAUAUCCUCGCAUCUGCUUCGUGGCGCCAAUGGCAGCGACCGCCCGCGGUCAAGCCGUGGGUCCUACUCGCCCUACCUCCAGAAGCACUCGGAAGCCACCGCACACCGGGUUCGGCAAGAUGAUUUCGGAUUGGAGAACGGUAUUUGCACUGGUCUCCAUGUCCGCACUCGUGAGGAGGGCGGCGUCCCUGACCUCUUGCCACGACACCUCCCCCGUGUGGGUGGACCUCCUUGGUGCCAACUGUGCCGACUACAGCCGAAACGGUCUCUGCACAUCAAGUGGGGGGCAUGGUCUUGGGUGGACCAGAGGCAACGACACUUUCGCGUCCAUGGUUGCGGGAACCACCUUGCCCGCCCACAAGGCGUGCUGUUCUUGUGGAGGAGGUGUGCACGAGGCGUCUACUCCAGAGCUCGCUGAUGCGCGUCGCCUCACGGAGAACGCUACCCUGGCCUCCAUGACCGAGACCUCGACCCUGUCAAGCGGCACCAUGUCUUCUGCGACUGACAGCUCCAGUGCGUCUGUAACCUCGGUGUCUGACACCUCGACUGUCACUGACACUACCGUCUCUACUGUCACUGACACUACUGUCACUGACACUACUGCCACUGACACUUCUGUCACUGACACUACUGUCACUGACACUACUGUCACUGACACUACUGUCACUGACACUACAGUCUCGACCACAGUGACCACAUACACUUUCACGACAAGGACGCUUCUUGACAAUACCUGCCCCACUGCAGAUAUGGUCCUGGCUGGGCAGAUGGAUGUCGCCGAAUGCACAACAACCACCGUGACGACAAUGACGACAGUGACGACAUAUACGACCACAAAGACGUCGAUAACGACCUCGACAGUAACUACAAAGACGACGACUGGCACGACUUUGACCACGGAAACGACAACACGCACGACGGUUACCACAAAGACGAUGACCGGCACGACGUUAACCACGAGCGUCGCCACGAGCACAGAAACGGACACUUCGACUGCCACGGGGACAGGUACCUCGGUGACGGCCAGCGGGACCUCCAGCACCACGCCGACGGCCACAGCCUCGUGGACGUCCAGCAGCUCUUCCACGACUACUCUCACGAGCACCACUGACUCGGGUACGUCGAGCACGUCGGCAACGACCACGAAGACGUCGAGCACAUCGCUGACGACCACGGAAACGAGCAGUUCCACCACGCUGACAUCUUCCACGUUCUCCAGCAGCACAACCUUCACCGACUCGGCCAGCAGUACUACGACGGCGAGUAGCACGACAUCGGUAACAACAGGGAGUGGGACCACCACGCCCACGCUUACAACGUCAGGAACGAGUUCAGCCUCCGUGACCACCACCACCACUAUGACGUCCAGCACGGCGACGUCAUCUUAUACGGAGACCACCACCGUGACAUCUUCUGCAACCGAGACAGAGAGCGACACGAGCACCAGCCAGUCUACCUACACCGUGCACACGUCAACGACCACGACAAUUACUGUCACCUCGGUCACGUCAACCAAGACGUCGACAACGAUGACCACGAGAACGAUGACCAGCUCGACGAGCUCCACGACCACAGCCAUCCCAUGCGAAGGCCCAGGGCCGAAUCCCCCCCCUUAAUCAUGUCUUCCUUGACUCGCCUCGCCUCGCCACUGCUCCCCGACGCGGAGGUGAGGCCGACGAGGCGAUAUCCGCGCCGCUCUCUUCAUGGUUCGGUUGCGCCGCUCGCGACGCAGCUAAGCCCGCCGAACGGUGAGAUGCGCGCGACUUCU